CUGCCAUAUGGAGACCAAGAGGAGUCUCCUUUAGAGACUGAAAAAGUUCAAAAUAAAAAGAGACCCAACGCUGCUUAUUACCUACAGUAUGCUAGCUAUGAUGAACAGACCACCAUAGUUGUGACAACUGAUGUAGCUGCCUCCAGGGGAGGAGAUGAAAGAGGGCUGUUAAGCCUUGCAUUCCAUCCCAAUUACAAGAAAAAUGGAAAGUUGUAUGUGUCUUAUACCACCAACCAAGAGCGGUGGGCCAUUGGACCUCAUGACCACAUCCUUAGGGUUGUAGAGUACACAGUAUCCAGGAAAAAUCCACACCAAGUUGAUAUGAGAACAGCAAGAAUGUUUCUAGAAGUAGCAGAGCUACAUCGAAAACAUCUAGGAGGACAGCUUCUAUUUGGUCCAGAUGGAUUCUUAUACAUUUUCCUGGGUGAUGGCAUGAUCACUCUGGAUGAUAUGGAGGAGAUGGAUGGUUUAAGUGAUUUUACAGGUUCCGUAUUACGUCUGGAUGUCAAUACUGAUUUAUGCAAUGUGCCUUAUUCCAUACCACAAAGCAAUCCACACUUUAACAGCACCAAUCAACCUCCUGAAAUUUUUGCACAUGGACUCCACAAUCCAGGCAGGUGUGCUGUGGAUCGCCACCCAAUAGAUGUAAAUAUCAAUUUAACAAUACUUUGCUCUGACUCAAAUGUAAAGAACAGAUCUUCUGCAAGAAUCUUACAGAUAAUAAAGGGUAAAGAUUAUGAAAGUGAACCUUCACUUUUAGAAUUCAAACCAUUCAGUAGUGGACCGCUGGUUGGUGGAUUUGUAUACCGGGGCUGCCAGUCCGAAAGACUUUAUGGAAGUUAUGUAUUUGGAGACCGCAAUGGCAAUUUUUUAACACUACAGCAGAGUCCUGUGACCAAACAGUGGCAAGAGAAGCCUCUUUGUCUUGGGAACAGUGGUUCGUGUAGAGGCUUCUUCACAGGCCCCAUCUUGGGAUUUGGAGAAGAUGAAUUAGGUGAAGUGUACAUUUUAUCAAGCAGUAAAAGCAUGACACAGUCUCAGAAUGGGAAACUCUACAAGAUUGUUGACCCAAAAAGACCUUUAGUCCCUGAAGAGUGCAAAAGAACAGCUCAGUCUGCACAGAUACUGACAUCUGAAUGCUCAAGGCAUUGUCGGAAUGGGCACUGCACUCCCACCGGAAAAUGCUGCUGUAAUCAAGGCUGGGAAGGAGAAUUCUGCAGAACUGCAAAGUGUGACCCAGCGUGUCGACAUGGAGGUGUCUGUGUAAGACCCAAUAAGUGCUUGUGUAAAAAAGGAUAUCUUGGCCCCCAGUGUGAACAAGUGGAUAGAAACAUCCGAAGAGUGACAAGGGCAGACAUCACCUAGAUGAAACAGCUUUACCAUGUCCUGUAAAAUACUAAAGUUACAUUUUUCACCAACUUAAUUGGAAUGACGGGGAAAGAGAGAGCAAACACACUCUUUAAUGUGUUGUGGAUCUAAUCUAGAAAUGUACCCUUGUGUCAACAUGUAUUGAUUUACGACGGAUGAAAAACCAGCCACCAACCAAUCAUAGUAAAAUUCAAGCCUACUGUAAAAAUGCUCAUAAAGUGCUUUUCACAAUAACAGGACUGGCCAGAUUAUACAUUAUUAGACUGUGGCAGAUUUCACACUGAAAGGAACUUCACUGGACAAGAGCUUGCAUUAGCAAGUCUUGGCUGUUUAAGAUGUCACUUGUACAAAACUUUAUAUGAUGAUUAUUGCUAAAUAUGGUUUUAAAAUGUAAAUGUUCCUUGGAGAGCUAACAGAAACUUUUGUAAAUGUAUCAAUAAAUAUGGUGUACAUGCUGUA